AUGGCGUCCCCCAAUCCCCUGCUGGUGGUGGAGCUUCAGGGACCAGAUGGAUCCAGCGCCAAGAUUCACGCACAAGGAGCCACCCUGACCUCGUGGAUCACGCCAGACGGAGUAGAGAGGCUUUUUGUCAGCAGCAAGGCCAAGUACCAGGCGGGUUCAGCCAUUCGUGGGGGUGUUCCCAUCUGUUGGCCCCAGUUUGCGAUGCGGGGACCGCUUACCCAGCAGCAUGGAUUCGCACGAACAUCCACAUGGACCCUUGCCAGCUGCGAGUCCGCUUCCGUGGUCUUCUCCCUGGACGAGACGUCCGCGGCACUUCCUGCCGGCUGGACAUCUGCCUUCCACCUGGAGAUGGAGGUCAGACUGGGGCAUGAGACCAUGACCCAGGAGCUGAGAGUCACGAAUCGCGGCGACUCAAACCUCCCCUUCACCACCGCCCUGCACACCUACCUUGCCGUGCGCGACAUCAGAGCCACGGGGUUGCGGGGCCUCAGGGCCCUCCUGUACCAGGACAACACGCGCCCGGGCCAGGCCCUCACCGAGGAGGAGGAGGAGGUCGUCAGGAUCCAGUCCGAGGUGGACAGGCUGUAUGUCCAGGCCCCCGACCGGCUGGUCCUGGAGGAUGGGGCUGAUGGCCGCCGCACCCUGACGCUGGCCAAGCAGGGCUUCCCCGACGUCGUGGUGUGGAACCCGGAUGGGGCCAAGGCCUCGGGCAUGGCGGACCUCAGCGACUGGCACGGUUUCUUGUGCAUCGAGGUGGCGCAUGCCGCCCGGGACCCUGUUAUUUUGAAGCCGGGGGAGACGUGGGCCGGGCGCCAGAUCCUCGGCGCGGAAGGGUGA